AUGGAUCCUGUGCAGCCACCAUUCAGGGGCUCUGCCUCUGUCCACUCAUCUCAGUAUGUGCGGAUGCCAGGCUGUUGGCCACAGUCUCCUAGGUCUUUGGACACACCUCUUGGUAGGGCAGCACCUACAGGCAGAGGCCAUGUGUUUAGAAAGACAGAGGAAUUCAGCAACCAGAGAUGGCCAGCACAAAGGGAGUCUACAGGUUUGGUAUCCAUGUUCCGAGGCAUGGGCCUUGAGACAGCGCCCCCGACCCCCCCACAACGGGAGGUGCCUCCUUUAGGUAGAGGCAUUUUAGGUCGAGGCUUAUCUGCUAACACAGCCCGAAAGGACAAAAAAGAACCCCAUUCUGCUUUUCCUGAUCAUUCCAUGUUGACAGCUGGAGAUAGCAAGCUGGCAGAGGCCUCUGUAGGUUGGAGUAGAGUACUUGGAAGAGGGAGUUCGGAUGCCUCUAUAUUACCACUGGGCAGAGCAGCCAGUGGUAUAGGCAGAGGAGUGGACAAGCCUCCCAGUGCAUUUGGCCUAACAGCCAGGAAUCCCCUACGUCUGUCACAACCCCCAACUCUAUCCCCACCCUCACUACAUUCAGCGGAUCACCUGACUCUGGAAGGAAAGGAAAAAGAGCUUUUUGUGAAGCAAGGAUCAAAAGGAACGUCUCAGUCUUUGGGACUGAACCUCAUCAAAAUACAGUGUCAUAACGAAGCGGUUUAUCAAUACCAUGUGACUUUCAGCCCCAACGUGGAGUGCAAAAGCAUGAGAUUUGGCAUGUUGAAGGACCAUCGUUCUGUCACUGGAAAUGUCACUGCUUUUGAUGGGUCUAUUCUCUAUCUGCCUGUUAAGCUUCAACAAGUUCUUGAGUUAAAAAGUCAAAGAAAAACUGACAAUGCGGAGAUCAGCAUUAAGAUUCAGUUGACAAAGAUCCUGGAGCCCUGCUCUGACUUGUGCAUUCCCUUCUACAAUGUUGUUUUUCGGCGGGUAAUGAAACUUUUAGAUAUGAAGCUUGUGGGGAGAAACUUCUAUGACCCUACAAGUGCUAUGGUACUUCAGCAACACAGACUGCAGAUCUGGCCUGGCUAUGCAGCUAGCAUCCGGAGGACAGAUGGAGGUCUUUUCCUGCUUGCUGAUGUCUCCCAUAAGGUCAUUCGGAAUGAUUCUGUGCUGGAUGUCAUGCAUGCAAUGUAUCAGCAGAACAAAGAAAACUUCCAGGAUGAGUGCAGUAAACUUCUGGUUGGCAAUAUUGUUAUCACCCGGUACAACAAUCGCACAUACCGUAUCGAUGAUGUGGACUGGAAUAAGACCCCAAAAGACAGCUUCACCAUGUCUGAUGGGAAGGACAUCACGUUCCUGGAAUACUACAGCAAAAACUAUGGGAUCACAGUGAAGGAAGAAGACCAGCCAUUGCUCAUCCACAGGCCCAGUGAGAGACAGAACAACCAUGGCACACUGCUGAAAGGCGAAAUCCUACUGCUACCUGAACUUUCCUUUAUGACUGGGAUCCCAGAGAAGAUGAAGAAGGAUUUCAGAGCCAUGAAGGAUUUGACCCAACAGAUCAACCUGAGCCCCAAACAGCACCAUAAUGCUUUGGGAUGCUUGCUGCAGAGGAUUUCAGAGAAUGAGACAGCCAACAGUGAGCUGACACGUUGGGGGCUCUGUCUGCAAAAGGAUGUACACAAGAUUGAAGGACGUGUUCUGCCAAUGGAAAGAAUUAACUUAAGAAAUACUUCUUUUAUCACAUCUCAAGACCUGAAUUGGAUUAAGGAAGUAACCAGAGACAUUUCCAUCUUGACUGUCCCCAUGCAUUUUUGGGCCCUUUUUUACCCAAAGAGAGCAAUGGAUCAGGCACGAGAACUUGUUAACAUGUUGGAAAAGGUGGCUGGCCCCAUUGGCAUACGUAUGAGCCCACCUGCCUGGGUUGAACUGAAAGAUGACCGGAUAGAGACCUAUGUCAGAACCAUCCAAUCCAUGCUGGGAGUUGAGGGGAAGCUACAGAUGGUGGUGUGCAUCAUCAUGGGCACCCGUGACGAUCUCUAUGGGGCCAUCAAGAAACUGUGCUGUGUGCAGUCCCCGGUGCCCUCUCAGGUCAUCAAUGUCCGAACCAUUGGUCAGCCCACCAGGCUUCGGAGUGUGGCUCAGAAAAUUUUACUUCAGAUUAACUGCAAAUUGGGUGGUGAGCUCUGGGGAGUGGAUAUUCCUCUGAAACAAUUGAUGGUAAUCGGAAUGGAUGUUUACCACGAUCCCAGUAGAGGCAUGCGCUCUGUGGUUGGCUUUGUAGCAAGCAUCAAUCUGACUCUCACUAAGUGGUAUUCGAGAGUGGUGUUCCAGAUGCCUCAUCAGGAGAUUGUGGACAGCCUGAAGCUAUGCCUGGUAGGCUCCUUGAAAAAGUACUAUGAGGUGAACCACUGUCUACCAGAGAAGAUCGUGAUGUAUCGUGAUGGAGUGUCUGAUGGCCAGCUAAAGACGGUUGCCAACUACGAGAUUCCUCAGCUGCAGAAGUGCUUUGAAGCUUUUGAGAAUUACCAGCCCAAGAUGGUGGUGUUUGUAGUUCAGAAGAAAAUCAGCACCAAUCUGUACCUUGCUGCCACUGAGCAUUUUGUGACCCCUUCCCCUGGAACUGUGGUUGAUCAUACGAUAACAAGCUGUGAAUGGGUGGACUUCUACCUUCUUGCCCAUCAUGUACGGCAGGGCUGUGGCAUUCCUACCCAUUAUGUCUGUGUUCUCAACACUGCAAAUCUGAGCCCCGAUCAUAUGCAGAGGUUGACUUUCAAACUGUGCCACAUGUACUGGAAUUGGCCUGGAACCAUCAGAGUUCCAGCUCCUUGCAAGUAUGCCCACAAGCUGGCUUUCCUGUCAGGACAGAUCUUGCAUCACGAACCAGCCAUCCAGCUUUGUGAGAACCUGUUCUUCCUGUGACUGGGGGCCUGGGCAUAGGCUGGUGAGGAGAAAUUGGACUUCCAACUUAGUGACACAGAAUCAAUAGACUGAAGUGGGGUUUCGUGUGUCGGCAUUUUCCCUUUCUCCAACCCUAUAGGAUAAGAUUUCUUUUUUUUUUUCUUUUAAACCUGAUGUCA